ACCAGCUCGACGCAUUUUUGUCAGUCAGUCAGAAGUCUGCGCGCCAGCAGCCCACCUCUUACCAUGGUCGCCCCCGAAAGCAUAGUGCUUCGCGUUGUUCGUCCGGACGAACUGGAGCAGGUGCGUGAGAUUCUGCACAGGAUCUACUACCCGGAGGAGGGCAUUACCAUUUCGUACGUCCACGGAAAGAGUCACACACUGGACGAUGAGAGAUUCUCGCUGUCGUUUGUCGAGCAGGGCACCGUGGUUGUGGCUGAAGAUUUGACGGCGAAGAAGUUCAUCGGGGUGUCGAUAGCUGGACCUAUUCGACCGGGAGAUCCCGAUGCCAUGGUGGAGGAAGCGGCCACUACAGAGACCAAAAAAUGGGGCGAUAUUCUUAAGUUGCUGGCGCUGCUGGAACGGACAGCAGAUGUUUGCGGUCGAUACGGACUGGAGAAGGCAUACCACGUUCACAUUCUGGCUGUAGAUCCGACCUACCGGGGGCACUCGCUGGGACAACGACUUCUGCAAUUCCAAAUGGACUUGUCUAAAAAGCUGGGUUUCAAAGCCAUCAGUGGUGACUUCACGAGUGUGUUCUCAGUUAAGCUUGCGGAAAAGCUGGGUAUGGAGUGUAUCAGUCAGCUGGCGCUAGAUGAUUAUCGUGACGAGAAAGGGGAGAAACUGUUCGAUCCACUGGACGUCCACCAGGUGAUAAAAACAUGUGUUAAACUGCUGUGAUAAGCAUUUGUUUCUCAGCGAUAAGGACGUAGCCGUUAGUUACAAAGGUGUAAUGUGACCAUUGUAUUUAUCUCAUUCAGCAGUUCGUAAUUCCUUAUGUUUAUAGAGCUUGUGCAUGGUUGAAUAAUAAACGUCUUUUGUACGUGGUUGGACCUACAAUAACAUCAGUGCAAAUCUGCGCAGGAGACUCAAA